AUGAAAGACGAUGUGGGUGAUCAGUCUAUAUCCUUUGCUACGGGUGGGUUCGAUCAUAUCAUACGCAUGUGGCAACCAAGUACGGGAAGAUAUAUACAGGGCUUUGAUCAUAAUGAUUCUCAGGUGAAUUCAUUGGCUUUCACGUUUGAUGGUCAUUACUUGGCAGCAGCCGGGUUUAGAAAAAUUCGAAUUUAUGACGUGUUCGGUGGUGCGACUCCGUUGACAGUCGUUACGGAAUUUUCGAAAAAUGUAAAUGCCAUUGGUCACGAUGCGAGAGGAAGGUGGACCUACGCAGGAGGCGAGGACAAAGUUGCGAAAAUAUUUGAUUGGCGAAGUUCCAGUCACAGUGCGCAGUCUGCCUCGGGGACGUGCUACAGUUCAUCAAGCAUAAACUCAAUGGUUCUUCAUCCAAAUCAGAUGGAAGUACUCUUCGGUAAUGACAAGGGUGAGAUCUACGCUUGGGAUUUACGAAACGGGCAAGUUAGUGUUAUAUGUCCCGAUCCGCGCGCUGGCCCAAUCCACUCAAUUUCGAUCAGUGCUGAGGGCACAUCUUUGGCUGCAGUGAACGCCUCUGGCUCCAUUAUUACUUGGUCGCUUGCUGGCAACACGGCCUUUAAACCCACUGAAAAGCACAAUUCCAAGAUACAUAGCUCCUAUGCGCUGAAGUGUGAGUUCUCGCCGGAUAGUACACUACUUGCUACCUGCGGUGCCGACGGCAAGGUGAAUCUAGUGCGGACGGCCGACUGUAGCGUGACAAGUGUGCUGCAACCCAAUGAGGAUCGCUACUGGGCUUGGGACUGUGCCUUCUCCGCGGACUCGCGCUAUCUUAUCUCUGCGCACUCUGACGGCAUCGCGCGGCUCUGGAACCUCGAGGACUCUCAGCAGCGAGGGCAGUCCCUCGGAGGCACUACCACAGAGCCACGGCUGGAAUACAAGGGUCAUCAACGUGCCAUCACAUGCAUUGCCUUCCGCGAUCAAUCCCUAGCCGGGUCUACCGCCUAG